AUGAGUGAUGCUUUGGAACAAACUAGCCCUGUCACACCUUUUGUUUCAGAGCUAUUAUUAGGACGUGGUCCACUGCAGAUAAGGUUUAUUAAUACCUUCAUUGCUAAAAAGUAUCCAGUGUUUAAUGAAUACUCUAAUUCAAAAAAGAGAAGGGUUCUAAUGCAGAUUUUAGAGAAAGGUGAUUUUAGCAAGAGAAUAGUAUUCAAAAAGGUUGGGUGGGGAGAAUGGUACGCAAAACAAUUAGGAGAUGUGAGCGAGAGCGAGUUUAAUAGGAUCAGAGAUGAGGAAAAUAAGAAAUCAAACAGUAUAACCGCAUCAAGUCAUCUUCUUUCACCUUCACCAACAGCGAAAGCUAAGAAAUUGCAACAAAAACAGAAAUCUGUGAUGAAUACGUUGUACAUCGAUGAAAAUGCUAUUGUUUCAGAUGACGAUGAAGACGAAAAUAUAAUGAAUUCUUCAGAAGAUGAAAAUCCUUAUAUUUAUCACCAUCGCAAGCCCUCUUUGAAUUACGAUAUACUUUCGCAAAAAUUGAAAUCUUCAAUAAAACCAAAUAAUUCACAAAUUGUCUCAAAAAAGAACAGCAGGACCUGGAGUGCUACUGCUACCACCAAUAGUAACUCUAAAAGUAUUAGAAACAGAAGGAGAAGUAGUAAUGUGAUUGCUUAUAACCCCAGUGCAACUAAUAACAACCGCACCGAAAGCGAUGUUGAAGACGUAGCCGAGCUGGCGCCAAAUGAAAAGAGAGAAGCAAGAAUGAGUAUUUCUAAAGAAUCUGGUAUUAGAUCGACUUUACUUUCACCUACUCCAGGAUUGAUAAAUUUCAGCACCACUACAAAUACAUCAGUUCCAAAUUCUAUUUUUUCUAUAAAUUCACCCACUGUAUCUAAGGAACAAAUAUCUGAUACUGUUCCAAGACUAAACGAACGUGUUGUAUUAACACCUAAAUCAGGUUCAGUUUCAGGUACAGAUACAGAUGAAGAAGACUGGGCGAACAUUGGUGCAGAAACGUUAAGAAACACAUACUAUACUCAACUGCAUUCAAAUGAAGCUAGUCCCAAACCAAAUAAUGAAUUAGAGUUGGAGAUCAAAUCAAAUGGUCAACGACUAAAGAAUGAUAGUGAUGCUGCUAUACUACUAAUGAGCUUAAAAUCAUAA